AUGAAUCAGAAUUACUACCAACAACAACAACAACAACAACAGCAACAAUAUUAUAAUCAACAAACAUUACCUCAGCAACCAACGCAACAACAGCAACAACAACAAUGGAACUAUAAUAUGCAACAGAAUCAACAACAUCACCAUCAUCAUCAUCAGCAACAAUAUAUACAACAACCACCACAAUACAAUCAACAACAGUAUCAUCAACAACAACAACAUCAACAAUUUCAACAACAGCAACAAUAUCAUAGUCAACAACAGCAACAGCAACAACAACAACAAUAUCAACAAGCUUUACAACAACAACAACAACAACAACAACAGUUACAAAAUCAAGCAACACCACAACCAUUGGUUGAUGAUAAUACAUUAAUAUUUCAAUUCAAUGAAAUAUUGAAUGGACUUGUAAAUUCAAAUAACUAUAUAAGAAACACUAAAGAUUGGAUGAUUGGACAUGAAGGUAGAGCAAGUAUUAUCAUUGACCAAAUAGUACAGAGAAUACCAUUAAACAGCAUUGAUCAGAAUAUACUUUUAUUAUAUCUAAUAAAUGAUGUAUUACAUUUUUGUGCAAUCAAAGUGAUGAAUGGAUAUCAAGAGAAUUAUAUAAAAAGAGUUUAUCAACAACUACCGUUAAUUUUACAAUUCUUUACAAAUGCAAAUCAUAUUCAAAGAAAUAAGAUAAUCUCUGUAUAUAUUUGGAAUGAUCAUGCAAUCUAUACUCAAGAAGAAUGUAAUAUGAUAAAGAAACAACUAAAGAUUGUUAUAACACCAGGCGUUUUAGUUUCACAUCUUUUGGACUAUCAAAAGAACACCGGUAGAAAAAAAGCGUUAAGAAAUAGAUAUUAUUAUCAUUUCAUGAAAAUAUAUUGA